AUGAACAUUACAGUAACGGUCCCCGAAGGGUCAAGCAACCAUGGCAAUCCGAACCUCCUGUGCGUUCCCCCGAGCUGGUCUGACUACAUCAUCUUCUACUUCUCCAACUACGUUGCGCACGCUGCCACGGUUAUAAUGAGCCCGGGACAGGGCUGGAGAGAGACGAUCAUCGUCGUCCUGAGCGCGCUCCUCCUUCCCGGCAGCGGCAUCCAACGUGCCAUCACAGCCAUCCGGCGCCGCUCCAGGUUUCAGUCUGAUCCGCUGACCCGUGCUGCCCGUGCCGGUGCUUUGUGUGUGGUCGUCAGAGAGGACGGUGACUCGACACAUCGGCCUGAUCUUGCCGACGCUCCGGCCCAGGAAGAAGGCCGCGGUGGCUCGCAGUUGUCCUCGACUGAAGGAGGGCGGCCUAGCAAGGAAGACAAUCUACCGGAGAGCCCGGAGGCAGAUAUCGCCCCAGUCCACGCCGAAAGCCGCAACCCGGAACAUGGGGUCAACGAAACGAAAAUAGGAGGAAGGCAAGCCCAGGCUCUGCGGAUAACCAAUCAUCAGCGCGUGGCCGCGCGUGCUAACGCAUGCGUGGUCCCCCGUGACGCCGUCGUUCACGGACAAUACCGCCUGCCAGCCGGCUACCGCCUCGUGUUCGUGCCGGCCUGGGCGGCGAGCGAGAUCAAGACGCCGGCCGGGGCGGAGUGCAACUCGCUCGCGUCGUCGUACAACUUGCCCAAGCUCCUCGUCAGUCUGCUCCAAAUCGUCUGGGCCACCACCACGCUCUACCGCGCGAGAGGCGAUCAGAUCCAGCGGUUCGGUUAUGCCGCCUUCGGGUUGACUGUGGCGCCGUACGUCUUCAUGUCCAUCAUGAACAUUGCCGGCUCAUUUCUCAACCCCGAGUACGCCGCCAUCUUCAUGGUCCGGACGCCGCUGAUGGACGAAGCCGAGUCCAAAGGAGGCUUCUUCGUCGGAGAAGUCAGACACGACGCCGGGGCGAGACCUGGAGCCGAACCCGAGUUCUUGGACAUCGUUAAACAAGAAAGCUUCCUGUAUAUUCUGAGCACUUUCUGUGGUUUCAUCCCCCUCGCGAUAAUCGGAGGCCUUAGCCGAUUUGAGGCACAGGACAGUACCACGCUCCAGCAAGUCUUCACUUCUUUUUGGGUAACCCAGUUCUGGGCAUUUUCGGAGGAACCGUUACCGUAUUCUAUGUUAUAA